GACAGACGAUGACACAUGGAAAUUUCUCAUUUCCUUGUGACAGACUUUAUGCAACGUUGAGUCAGUAAGUGUAAACAAUUGAAAAGAAUAAAAGUUCCGCAUGGGAUAUUAGAAAUUUAGGUGCUGCUAAACGCCAAAGACAAGUGAUUAGGCGAUUUUAUCACAACGUAAAAGCCUAGUAGUCUAUAUGCCUGAUGUGUCGGUUGAGUCGACUGAUCCUUUCAGCUCACUGGAAACGAAUAUAUGGAAUGAUAAUGAGAAAGUAAUAAAGGACGAAGAAAGAGCCAUGUCUCAAGAAGAAAUACUGUCACACAAACUGCUGGUUGCAAUUGAAAAACAAGCAGCAUUAGACGAACGAUGCGCUGAUGAAAUCCAUAAAAACGAAGUGUUAGAAGAACGAAUUCGAGAGUUAGAAGGGAAGCUUUUGCACCAGGAAAAAACUAGACAGCCCUUGAAUGAAUUUGAAGGUGUAGAAGAGAAACUACGGCAAACGGAGGCAAAAUACCAAAGCGCAGAGUCAGAACGAGAUCGCGUGCAAAGUGAGAUUGAAGAGUUGACUAGCUCUUUAUUUGAAGAAGCGAAUCGAAUGGUCGCUGAUGCUAGGAAAGAAACCCUCGUUUAUCAGAGACGCGCUUCUCAAUUCCAAAAACAGCUGGCUGAUACCGAAACACUCUUAAUAAAUGCUCAAUCCCAGCUGGUGGAGCUAAAAUCUGUCAUGCAGAAUAUGUCCGAUUCCUAUGAACAGACGAUUCAUUCUCCCAUGCGGCCCGGGUCUUCUGCUCAUGACUCGGCUUCUGUUGUUAGUGUAGGUUCUUCUACAGCUGCUUUAGAAGAAACCUUGAAUCCUCCUCGAAAUAGCCCUGGACAUGUAAAAUCGGCUUCUUUUGAAAGCCCUAGGACACCAGGUAAUUCCAAUUAUGCGUAUCCGGCUGCUCGCCGGCAUUUCGAGCCGGUGCAAGAUCAAAGAGCUGCUACUAGUCUAGGUCUUCAUAACCCUUCUCAUGUUCAUCGUGUACGGACGCUUGUCGAGGAUAGGUCUAGCAGUGCCUCUCCUCCUGCUACCCCAGUCGUUGUCACAGAUUCACCGCCUCCUUCUGCUAACAGUGUGACGCCUAUGAAUCCUGCUUUAUGGACUAUCAGUCAGUCAAACUUAUCUCAAGCAAUGAAUUCCAGCAAUCCAUCAUUUUCCGAAUUUUAUGCUUUAUUAACGUAUUCCUCGAAAUCGGUCCAAUCAAGAACUACUUUAAACCGUACAUCUUCCUCCUCGUCAUUGAAAAAUACCGUUGUACUACCUCGUUCUGUGACUACGCCAGCUAAUGUAAAACCGUUGUCUUCGUCACCGUCUCAGUCAACUUUCCUGCCACCCGCUUCACGAUCUCUUCGAGAAUUUGCUUUUUUUAAACGAUGCGUUGAAGAGGACAUUGAUCCGACCUUGCGCUUAGAUCACGCAGUAGGCCUUUCCUGGCUGGCACGCCGCUCGAUAUAUGCUGCUAUUAUGGAUGCUUCUUUAAUUAUUAAUCCUGUGCCUUCAUCGUUAUCACAGGCUUUCUCUCCAUGUUCCCUUUGCGGAGAUAAUCGGGAAAGCAGCCUUCGCUCUUUUGAAUUUCGAUCUCGUCCAGACGGUACGUCCUAUGCCUGCUGUAAUUAUUGUGUCGCUAGACUACGUAGCGUUUGUGGAUUUAUAUGCUUUUUAUACCAGGUUGCCAAAGGCGUAUGGGAUUCAUGCUCUGUUGAGAAAACUUGGACAGAGUGUAUUCAUAAGCGUGAAGCUAUGUUUUAUUCACGGGCCGGAUUAGCAAAAGAACUUGGAGGUUGAUUCCUUUUGUCCUUUGCUGUUAUUUCAAACGCUCCCUUUUGAAUCUAAGGCUUUAGUAAAUACGGACAUUAUUAUAUUUAUUGAUACUUUAGAGAGUGCCGUUAAUCUAACGUCCUAUGAAGUUACGCUUGACAUUAACACGAGAAAAGAAAAAAGUAAAAAAAAGAAGGGGAGCGUUCAAUGAUACUGUAAAUAUGGACCUAUUUAUGAGCUAUUCUUCUGUUCUAUUUAAUUUUAAACAAUACUAAUAUAUAGUUAUCUUACAGCAAAUAAGUAUCAUCA